AACAAACAGACGGUGCCGCUGAGGGAAUACCGAAUUCAAGCAAAUCGAAAGCCACCGCACGCGCCGAUCAGAAUGUCGACACUUCUGCCGCUCGAGCUCAUCGACAAAUGCAUUGGAUCCCGUAUCCACAUCAUCAUGAAGAACGACAAGGAACUGGUCGGCACACUGUUGGGUUUCGACGAUUACGUGAACAUGGUUCUCGAAGACGUGACCGAGUACGAAAAUUCGUCUGACGGACGCCGGGUGACGAAGCUCGAUCAGAUUAUCCUCAACGGAAGUAACAUAACCAUGAUGGUGCCUGGUGGUGACAUUCCCGACAGCUGAGCCAAUCCGUGCAGGAUAUGAGUGAUAUCUGUACAUAAAGAUUUUCGGGCCACCAGCUCUUAUAAAACUCCGGAGUGAUCCUA